AUGACCUCUAUCCUUUCCUCACCUCGAAUCCACGACGACCUCGUCGACAACAAGGAAAACCGAUCGGACUCUCCUUCCCGACUUCCUAUCUCUAACGCUCGAUCGACCAUGUCCAUGUCUCUCCGACCGAGGACGACGAAGCCCACGUCAGACACUCGAUCGACCUUGCACCCUUCGGCAACGUCAUCAGUGUUGGCGAGUAAAAGGAUGAGAUCGCCUUACGAAAGACCUCGACGACCUCCUGCUCGGGGUAAAAACCUUCGUCGACCUAGGGGAGCGGAGAAUAUCGCCCCUCCAUCGACUGGGGGCGAUCUCGAUCUCGGAUCGUUGAGAAGUAUGAGCAUCACCCAGCCGAAGAAGACGAAUGCUACCCACACGCAGCAGCAACAACAACAGCAGCGCCGCUACCCGUCUUACGGCCCGAACCCGACGCACAUGAUCGCACCCGUCAUCACCUCUAAAGGAGGUCGCCGAAAGCCACCCCCUGCAAACCUCAUGCUCGACGGUGGACAUCGACCCCAAAGGCAGUUCCAAUUACCUGGCUUCUAUCCCGUACAACAGUCCCAGCAACAAGACGGACAGGGAUACAUGCCUAUGCAGUUGCAAGCGGGACCGGUCAUGAGGAUCCCUUCUUUCAAGACCGACAUCGGAACGGAGGGCUCGCUCGCGCAGUCAGGAAGUUUCCCGUCGAUUCCAAGCUUGACCUACAGCUCUUCGAUCGGCUCUGGGUUGGGAGCGAGCGGCAGUAGUGGAGCUGGAGUUGGAGUUGGGAGUUCGAGUGGGGCUGGAUCGGGAAAGAUGCAAGUGCCGGUGUCAUUGCCCAGGCCUCCCAUCAUGGACGUACUUGCGCGACGGAUCAUCAAAAGCGAUCCGGACGUCACGGAGUCCAUCGAACACGUCCGAGCCAGGUUGAAGACCAUCUCAGGUGAUCUUCUUCGAGCGGCAGGCCUUUAUCGGCCUCAAUACCCGGCUACCAUGCGAUCGCCUCAUUCCGCUACUCCUACCGCCAAGUCUUCCAGCUCCGCUCUGCCGUCGGCUUCUGUAUCGGACCAGUUCUCUUCCCCUUCGAACUUGUCCACGAUCAAAGAGGACGUCGAACCGCCUUACUCUGCUGGACCCAUGACGGGAUCAACCAUGAGCUCAAAGACCAAUCCCACUGAGUCAACGGAAACGGCCGACUCGCUGGAAGGACCGUUCGAUAUCAUGUUCGAUCAGACGCUCUCUUUCGGCUUGACCGUCGAGGCCGAACGAUACCUGGACGAGCGCGAUGGGAAAGGAUGGACCGAAUUGGCGGGUUGCGAGCCGGACUGUUGUUUGGCGGUGAAGAACACGAAAUCCAAGCCGGUAGGAUGUUCGGAGGAAGAAGAGAAGGAGUACAUGGGUAAAAUGCUGCCUGCACACCAUUUGCUUUACAUCUCACAUUGCGCAAAUUUCCCGCCUCGUCAAGGUCCAGCGCUCGACGAGUCAGGGUUCGCAUUGCCACUCAACGCUUCCUACCACCACGAUCCGUCUACAAGCGACCUCCCCCCGAUCCGAACUACCACGCAACUCCCGCUGGUCCACCUUUCGGUACCUUUUCCCACGCAAUUCAUCACGCUGCAUCAGUACCUCUACCUCCCAAACCCGGCGCGACUCCUGUCCACCCUCCUGGCUCUACCGCCGCCCAUCGUACUGCCCGGUCAGACCGCUUCCAAGUCACCGGCCGAACGACUCGCUACCCUCCCGAUCGGCGCAAUCGUCGAGAGGCUGAGAAACAUCCACAAGAUGUGGAGCAACGUGGUCCAUCUCGGGAUCAAAGACGAGAUGCUGUGGAAAGCCAUGGAACGCGCUUGGAGCGUUGCCAUCGAGGCUUCUCAAGCGCGGGCGAAGUCCACACAGGUGCAACAGCAACAUCAGCAGCAGCAGCACGCACGACAGAAUUUCACCGUUCAAAACAAUCAGAUCGGGUUCAAUUUUCUGUCCUCGCAGACGCUCGAGGCGAUGAUGGGCCCUUCACAUAUGACGUUCCCCUCGGGUCAGAUGUGGCCGGCGCAGCUGGUACACGGCGAGCACAGGCCAGAUCCACUACCGAAUCAUCCGAAGUCGGCGGGUAUCAGCUCGACGGGGCAUGUCAUGGGUCUACCUUCGCAUGACGAAGGGACGACAUUGGCCUGUUAA